AUGCCCCAGUUCGGGUACCACAAAGGUUGACAUUAAUCAUUCUAUCAACCCUUCAACCUCUAUUCCUAUUUUUUUUGUCUCCCUUUAUUUUUCUCUCUUCUUCUCUCUAUAAUCAUCGCAUAAACAUUAAUUAGUGCUGCAAUCUUAAUUAUCAAAGCAAAUCUUAAUCUUCAAUUUUUAUUAGUUUCUUAAGAUAGAAUCCUUUGUUUGUUAGAAAAAAAAUAAAAAUUCUUUUAUGUACUUUUUUUUAGUUGGGCCACUAUUCUAGCAAUAAUAAGUAUUCUUGCUAGGUAAUGCGAGCGAAAAUGAAUAUAUCUGUAAAUGGAGAAUCAAGGGUACCUCCGGGUUUUCGAUUUCAUCCGACUGAAGAAGAGCUCUUGCUAUAUUAUCUAAGAAAGAAGGUUGCUAGUGAGAAGAUUGACUUGGAUGUCAUUCUUGAAGUUGAUCUCAAUAAGCUUGAACCUUGGGAUAUUCAAGAAAAAUGCAAGAUAGGAACUACACCACAGAAUGAUUGGUACUUCUUUAGUCACAAAGACAAGAAAUACCCAACAGGGACAAGGACUAACCGGGCCACAGCGGCCGGGUUUUGGAAGGCUACUGGGCGUGAUAAGGUGAUCUACAGCAACUCUAGCAGGAUUGGGAUGAGGAAGACGCUUGUUUUCUACAAAGGAAGAGCUCCUCAUGGUCAGAAAUCUGAUUGGAUUAUGCAUGAAUAUCGACUUGAUGAAAGCACCAACAAUAACAAUGAUAACCAUGUUACAAGUUUGAGAAGUGGAGAUUUUGUACAAGAAGAAGGGUGGGUGGUUUGUAGAGUGUUCAAGAAGAAAAACCACCUAAAAGACCUAGACAGCCCAAUCAAGACAUCAUCAUCUUCCAUGGCAUUAGAAUCACACUCAUCAAUAAGCAUGCUUGAUUCACCAGGUGAUCAUGAUCAACAUGAUCGCGAUGAUCAAGGGGCCUUAGAGCAAAUAUUUCAAUACAUGGGGGGCAAAUCUCAAAAGAUCAACAAUAUUACAAAAUCAUCCUCCCAACAUCAACUUGAAAGGUUCAUGAAACUCCCAGGCCUUGAGAGCCCAAACAAUAAUAGCACCACCACCACCCUAUACUACCAAACCCUACCCGAAAACGACCUCGUUUCGAUGACCAAACCCGAGACGGAUCCCGUCUACACGGGACUCAGUGAUUGGGCCACCCUAGACAAACUUGUUGCAACACACUUAAAUGGUCAAACCAUGACAUCCAUAUACUCACCCUUAUCAAAUGAUCAUGAACAUGACCUAGAUCAAUUACCGCCGUUGAGAUCAUCAUCAUCAACAUCAUCAUCAGGUGAUCAUCAUAAUAAGAUAUACCAUGCAACACUGGAUAAUUAUGGCGGCAGCAACGAGAUAGAUCAUCUAUGGAAUUUCGCAACAACAAGAACAACAACAACAUCAUCAACAUCUUUGGGGAUUGACCCAUUAUGCCACGUGUCGGACAGUGGUAUAUAACAGAAAAAAACAUGCUUGGAGCUGUCCUAGGAAUGAUUAAGUAGUAUUAUUAAAUAUCAUGGCGUUAGUUGUUAAAGUCAGAAAGGGUUAUCAUAAGGGUAAUUAUUAUGUGGUUUAAUUUUACAGUAACUUUGCAUAUAUAUACCAAUAAUAAAGUGCCGUGACGUACGGCUUGCAUAACAUUUGUAAUAUAAUUAAGGUGAGAUUAUUAAAAUGGAUGAUUACCAUAUAUAGUUCUUGUUUAUAUUUUAUUUUAUAUUUUAUAUACAUAUAUAAAAAUCCAUUUAUCUUUU